CAAUUUUAUGAAUAUAUUAAAAUAAAAAUAGUUAUUAUUAUUAUGAAACAUAUAAUGUAUCACUACAGACGAUAAAGGAUUUGAUUUUUUCAAAUGGUAAGUUCAUAACUUCCCAAAUUACUAUAAAUAAGUGUUAAAGUUAGUCAUUAUCAAAUUAAGCCACUCCACUAAUUACAAGCUCCAAAAGCUUUCUCCUUCUUUUUCUCUCUAAUCUCUAUUUCGUACGGAUUUCUCUAACCGGAGCGAUGGAGAUUGACGGUGGAGAUCGUAUUUCCGGUGAACGACCGAUCAUUAUGGUCACCAACGACGACGGAAUAGACGCGCCUGGCCUUCGUUCUCUUGUUCGUGUCCUCGUCUCCACUAACCUCUACGAUGUUCGCGUUUGCGCUCCUGAUUCGGAGAAAUCUGCUGUUAGUCACAGUAUAAUAUGGAGUAGACCACUCACUGCAAAACGAGUAGAGAUCGAUGGAGCUACUGCUUAUUCUGUUGAUGGAACUCCUGCGGAUUGCACUGGUUUGGGCUUAUCGGAAGCACUCUUUCCUUCUCGUCCUGACCUGGUUCUGAGUGGUAUAAACGUGGGUAGCAACUGCGGUUAUAACAUCGUCUAUUCUGGAACUGUUGCUGGCGCUCGUGAAGCCUUCCUUUAUGAUGUGCCUUCUGCCUCCAUAUCAUAUGAUUUUGAUUGGAAACGUGGAGAGAUGAAUGCUAAUGAUUUUGCCCUUUCUGCCCAAGCCUGCUUGCCCAUUAUCAACGGCAUACUCGGUGCAAUCAAGAACAAAACUCACCCUAUGCAAUGCUUUCUGAAUAUCGAUUUGCCGACUGAUAUUGCUAACCACAAGGGAUACAAACUAACUAGACAAGGUAAAAGCAUGGGUAAAAUGGGAUGGAGACAAGUGGAAGAGGAAGCACAAGGGCCGAAGAUGUUAUCAACAAUGACAAUGGAUACAGAGUCAGGAGUAGUCUCAUCAGAGAACGACACAUCUGCUCAUGCGGGAAAAGAUAGCCGUUUAUUCAAAAGAGAGUUAAGGGCAAGCAUCAGUGAAGAAGGGAGUGAUUCUCAUUACCUAAAAGAAGGAUUUGUAAGCAUAUCUCCCAUAGUUGUCUCUUUAACUCAUCUCCACUCAUCCAAACUUCAAAAAGAAACAAACAUUCUUUUAAAAUACUGCAGAUUACGGUGACGCCGCUUGGAGCUCUAUCUCAGACUGAUGUGGAUUGCCAAAACUACUACAAAGAAUGGCUUCCCAAGAUUACAAACCAGUCAUGCUCCUCCUCAUCCCUUUGAUGCUACAACAUGAGAGAAAAUAAAAACUCUAUUAGGAAAUUACCCAUUGUGGACCACAAUUUGUGGUAGACCUAUUAUUAUAUCAGUACCAGUUCUUUAGUUUUCUUAAGUCUUGACUUACUAUUGUUGUGAGCAGCAAAAUAGUUGUUGUUACAAGUCCAUUAAUUAUCGUGAGCAGCAAAAUAGAUAUCGAGUCCGCGACAUAUGUUGAAAUAUCAAGGAUUCUUAACAAAAGCGAUCAAUCCAUUUGAAUAUAAUUUGUGCAUUAGAGAAUUGAGUUAACGUAAACAAAGUUCAAGCGCUGGCGGCAGAACCUGAUAUUGCAGUAACAUCAUCAUGUGUGCAAGUGGGGGAUUAGUAAUCUUCAUCUUGCAUAAUCCUUGUUUUAUACUUCAAGCUAUGACCUAUAUAUUUAUUAUUUAUACAUCCGAUUCGAAUAUUAAGUUUGCUCCCGUGAAUUAGAAGGAAGAGUACAUAAUAUGUCACGUGAUAAUUAUUUUUCAUCUUUACGUUUCUCAUAUGGUUCUCAUUCAACGACUUUCCAAGUCGGACUAUAUAUGUUUUUAAUUAUUAAUCAUAUAUAGAGACGCUCCUACAAAACACAUAAACAUAUAGGUGCAUGCAUAUAAAUGUAAAUGUAUUGUUGUCGUCUACUUCAAUAACAACUCCAUCAAUGAACACAUCAAUACUUGCC